AUGUUUGAUAAUUGUCUACUUGUAACAUCAGACGUGACUGCCACAGCUUUACACAUAACUAUUCCUGAUUUUAAAAUCAAAACAUUCUGUGAUUUCUCUCAAUACAAAGCUGAUAUGCAAUUUAACGAAAGGACUAUUCAUGUUACUGACAUUUUAUUACAAAUGAAGCCUGCCAAUAUCAAACAAGUUUUUGCUAAAUAUGGAACUGUUACUGAUUUUAAAAUGACAGUAAGAGUAUGA